AUGGAGGGAGGAGCCCAACCGACGGAUACCGAGAUGGCGGAGGCCGGAGGGCAGCCGCCUCCGUCGGCCGCAGCACCGCCGUCGCAGGGGCUGGAGAACAUCCAGGAGACGCUCAGCCACGGCGGGCGAUUCAUCCAGUACAAUAUGUUUGGGAACGUCUUUGAGGUUACCUCCAAAUACAAGCCACCCAUCAUGCCCAUCGGGAAGGGUGCCUACGGCAUCGUCUGCUCGGCUUUGAACUCGGAGACCGGCGAACAGGUGGCGAUCAAGAAGAUAGCCAACGCAUUCGACAAUAAGAUCGAUGCGAAGAGGACGCUGCGUGAGAUAAAACUUCUCAGGCACCUGGACCACGAAAAUAUUGUUGCAAUCAGAGACAUAAUACCACCCCCUGUACGUGAGACAUUUAAUGAUGUCUAUAUUGCUUAUGAGUUAAUGGACACUGAUCUUCAUCAAAUUAUCCGUUCAAAUCAAGCUCUUUCUGAGGAGCAUUGUCAGUAUUUUCUUUAUCAGAUUCUUCGGGGGCUAAAAUACAUACACUCAGCAAGUGUUCUCCACAGAGACCUAAAACCAAGCAAUCUCCUCUUAAAUGCCAACUGUGAUCUGAAAAUCUGUGACUUUGGGCUUGCUCGCACUACCUCAGAAACUGAUUUUAUGACAGAAUAUGUUGUCACAAGAUGGUACCGAGCUCCAGAACUUUUGCUUAAUUCUUCAGAAUAUACUGCAGCAAUUGAUGUGUGGUCUGUUGGCUGCAUCUUUAUGGAACUGAUGGACCGGAAGCCUCUAUUUCCUGGAAGGGAUCAUGUGCACCAGCUACGUUUAUUGAUGGAACUUAUUGGCACUCCAAAUGAGGCUGAUUUGGAUUUUGUGAAUGAAAAUGCAAGAAGAUAUAUUCGCCAGCUUCCACGUCAUCCACGACAGUCCUUUCCUGAAAAAUUUCCCCAUGUUCACCCUACAGCUAUUGAUCUUGUUGAGAGGAUGUUAACAUUUGAUCCUAGACAGAGAAUAACUGUUGAAGAUGCGCUUGCACAUCCCUAUUUGGCAUCUUUACAUGACAUCAGUGACGAACCAGUUUGCAUGAUGCCCUUCAGCUUUGACUUUGAGCAGCACGCACUCUCCGAAGAACAGAUGAAAGAGCUCAUCUACAGGGAGGCCCUCGCAUUCAACCCAGAGUACCAGCAAUAAGACUCAGUAAGGAAACUUGGGUGGAUCCUUAAGCUUACUGUUUAGGAACUUUUUUCAAGCAGUUUAAUCAGCAAAAUUGCUGGUCAAAAUAAUGCAGUAUACAUAUCCAGAGUUCUCAUUCCUUCUGUGAAUCUUUAGACUUGCAAAAUCUGAUACGAGGUUGAUUAUAGAAACCUAGCAGGAGAAAUCAAGCAUGUACGAUUCACAGGGAUGUUUCGCUAUUGAUUCUCUUUUCAUCAGAGAGUAGUAGGUAACUUUAAAGGUUUUGAAGUCUUAACCUUAAAGGUUUCUCCAAUGCCUCAUUUGUAGGUUUUUGGCCUGAAAGGGGCUAUUCCUUUGUAAAGAGAUGUUGCUGACUGUAAUGCUUACUAUUGUGCUACUGGUGUCUUAUGAUC